AUGUCGAAUGAUGGAGCUGAUAACCAUGAUAUGAUGACAGGAACUGAUGAAAUAGCUGUAGAUGAUGGUGAUGAUUUUUCAAGCCGAUUAGCUGAUCAUUUAAAUAUUAGUUUUAUGUAUUAUAAGGAUAUGAGUAGUGAUUAUCAUAACUUUAGUAUUGUUCGAGUCAUCCUACCAAGGCCUUCAUCUCUAGAAAACAUUUGUGAUACCAUUAAGUUAGCUCAUUUCAUUAUAAGCUUAAGUCGUCAUGAGGAAAAUCAAAACUUAUUGAAGACAGGAGCUGAACAAUCAGGAAUACCAAUCAUUCAAGUGAUGAGCAAUUAUUCCAGUUUACAUAACUAUUUGAUAGGAAAAGAUAACCUUAACUAUAACAUUCUUCCUAACUAUAUAACAAUCAUAAACCCAAAUCCUAUAUUCAAUGGAGUCAUUGAAGAUAUAUUUCCUAGUUUGGACAUAACGACUGCAACAGCAGUCUUAUACGAUGAUCUCUAUGAUAACUCCUACGUAUCAUGGAAAAUUCCAUUUGAGAAUCUUCCUGUUCCAACGAAAUUCCAUCGAAUGGAGAAUGGUGAUAAGAAAAUAAAACAUCAAUUGAAUAGUCUGACAAACAAUAACGGAAACAUCAUAUUUGUAGCGAAAACAGAAAAUGUUAUCAAGUAUGUUGAAUCAGCUAAAGAGUAUAUGGAAAAGCGUGUUAUCAACUUCAUAACUAUAACUAAAGAUGUAACCCCUUUCAAGUGCGAUGAGUGCGUUUCUACAUUUCUAUUUUGGCUUCGACCAUAUCCCAAUGGAAGUUUGCAGAUGAUUAGGUCGUUAAGAGAGUUCUUGGCUGCUAAGGAGUUAGGAACUGAAUUGAACUAUCAUAUUCAAGGCUAUGACGAGCUUGAUGUUGAGUUCGCGAUGACGAUUAUGAAUAGUGCUUUGCACUAUGUUAGUGCCAUAAACAUCACAUCUUUAAAUCAGCCGACCUUUUCAUGUUCUCAUGAAGAGAAGCUAAAUGAUGAGCAAUCGUUAGCACUUUUGGUUACCGACAAUUUGAACUUAACCAACUAUUAUGAUUUUGGAAGGCUUGUUUCUGUUCAGGGAAAUGUAUUCUUCAAGAAUCUUCAAACUCGGAUAUACCGUAUUGAUCAGAUUGAAGAAGAUUCCGAUGUUAUUUAUAAUAAAAUGGUUGGAACAUGGAGUCCAUUAGAUCGAUUACAGUACUUGUAUGACUCAUUAGACAUAAAUGUCCGAUUAUUAACUAUAUAUCGAGUUGUUACAAUCAUUCAACCUCCUUUCGUCCAAUAUUCUGCAAACGGUGGAUAUGAAGGUUACUGUAUUGACUUGUUCAAUCUCAUUCAAGAAAGGUUAAACUUCACUUAUACAAUAUAUGAAGUUGAAGAUGGUUCAUUCGGUGCUCAAGAUGAGAAUGGUAAUUGGAACGGGUUGAUAGGAGCUUUAGUAUCUGGAUCAGCUGAUAUAGCAUUAGCUCCUUUGAGUGUAAUGGCUGAAAGAGAGAAUGAUGUUGAUUUCACUGUACCAUACUAUGAUCUUGUUGGUACAACAAUUCUGAUGAAGAAAGCAGAUGUUGAAUACUCGUUGUUCAAGUUCAUGAAAGUGUUGGAAUGGCCUGUUUGGCUUUGUAUAUUUGCAGCAUACAUAUUCACUUCUCUACUCCUUUGGGUUUUUGAUAAGUUCAGCCCAUUCUCUUACACAAACAACGCAGAAAGAUAUGCUCAUGAUACGGAGAAAAGAGUUUUUACCUUAAAAGAAUGUUUAUGGUUCUGUAUGACAUCAUUAACGCCUCAAGGUGGAGGAGAAGCACCUAAAAACCUCUCAGGACGGUUAGUAGCUGCAAGCUGGUGGCUAUUUGGUUUCAUCAUCAUUGCAUCUUAUACAGCUAAUUUGGCAGCCUUUCUCACUGUAUCUAGACUUGAACAACCAAUAACAUCACUGGAUGAUUUGGCGAAACAAUAUAAAAUUGAGUAUGCUCCCAUUAAAGGAAGUGCUUCUGAAACAUAUUUCCGAAGAAUGGCAGAGAUAGAAGAGCAGUUUUACAUAAUUUGGAAAGAAAUGUCAUUGAACGAGAGUAUGUCUCCUCGAGAAAGAGCUAAACUUGCUGUAUGGGAUUAUCCUGUCUCCGAUAAGUUUACAAAUAUGUGGAGAUAUAUGCAAGAGUCAAAGCUGCCAGAGAAUAUGACAAUGGCUAUUGAUCGAGUACUCAACUCUCCUAAUGGAUUUGCUUUUAUAGGUGAUGCAACAGAAAUCAAGUAUGCAGCUUUGACCAAUUGUAAAUUACAACAAGUUGGAACUGAAUUUUCUCGUAAACCAUAUGCGAUUGCAGUACAGAAUGGUCAUGUGUUGAAAGAUAACAUCUCAAGCUCAAUCUUGAUUCUUCUAAAUCAAAGACAGUUGGAAGCUUUAAAAGAGAAAUGGUGGAAUGAGAAUCCGAAUCGCUUAUCAUGUCCUGAUACAGCAGAUGAGAGUGAUGGUAUAUCAAUUCAGAAUAUUGGUGGUGUUUUCAUCAUGAUUCUGGCUGGUAUAUUACUCUCUAUGAUAACUCUGUUGUUUGAGUAUCUACACUAUAGAAGAAGACGGCAGUUAGAUGUUAACAACAAACAAAACGAUACAGAUGAUUCUGUACAAUCACAAGUAACUCACAUCCCGGUGUAUUGA